UUAGUGUAGAGAAUUUUUACAAAUAGCUAAAUCAAAGUCCAGCCGCAAAUAUCUCCACUUCAACCAUGACUUCAUUUCAUGAGCGAAAGAAACGGGCGAAAAGAAAGCAGCAUAUGGUGACUCAUCAACAUGGCGAUGUAUCUUGAACUGGUUCACACAUGUCUGGAGGUGUACGCUGAGUUUUAACAUUAUUACAGAUGGCAUUGGUAUUUAUGAACAUACGCAACAAAGCUAAGAAAUCAUAUGGCAGGCAUGCCUGGAAGCAUUCUAAGUAUCUAACGUAGGCUAAAAACAUGAUUGUGCUCACAAAUUAUUGCUAUUCGUAUACUUAUGUAUUUAUAUGUUACAUGUUUAUAAAAUCAUACAUUUGCCAUGCAUAGCUUUUAAUCUAUUUUCAGAUAAACAUCAUCCAACCAAUCUAAACCAAACCAAAUCAACUACAACAACGACAUUUAACACAAUCUAUUAAUUACUAUAUUUAUAAAAAAUGCAUAUAUUACAUUAUAUAAUUCAUUACAUUGUAUAUUUCAUAUGUCUAUAUACGAAAAAAUUUCUUGCUCUGUUGCAAAACUAUAAAUGAAACAUUUUUUUUUUUACUAAUUAUAUGAUUUUCUCUCUUAAUAGCGCCCAAAUACCAAACUGCAUACGCCUGUGAAGGUAAGAAAUUAACAAUAGAAUGCGAUCCAGGCGACCUGAUCAACCUGAUACGUGCGAAUUACGGACGCUUCUCGAUAACGAUAUGCAAUGACCAUGGCAAUGUCGAAUGGAGUGUAAACUGCAUGUUCCCAAAGAGUUUGACCGUUUUGAAUUCAAAAUGCGCACACAAACAAAGUUGCAGUGUGCUGGCAACGACAAGUAUGUUUGGCGAUCCCUGUCCUGGUACACACAAGUAUCUCGAGGCGCAUUACCAAUGCAUAUCGGCAGCACAAACAUCAACCACCACCAAUCGACCCAGUCCACCGUGGGUGUUAGCGAAUAAUCCACCAUUGCUUGCCAAUGGCAGCACACUAAUUAAUCCAAGUGUGCCACUGCAACCGCAAGGACCAGGUCGCCUACCACUACCUGCCAAUGGUGGCAUUCCAUCGGCAGGUGGCCUUUGGCAUACACUGCCGCCAACGCCAGGUCCACCRCAACCCACAUUACCAGGCGGUCGUCUGAAAGGCAACUAUAAUACAACGGUAAUAAAGAAUUCCAACAGACACGAUGGUUUACCACCACCACCGCCGUUGCAUCAUCAUCAUCAUACGGGACAUCAUGCAGCAACGCCUGUGGAAGGCGUCAAUGCGGCUGAUAGUACUGUCAGCAAUACGCGACCAACGGCGAAAAAUGAUUUAUCUACACGCACGCCGGGCACAAAUCAAACCAAAUCACAUGUGGGUCCGUCCAACACAACCACCACACCCAAUACGCGCAUACUGAGUGGUGUUGGUGGCAGCGGCACAGAUGACGGCACCAUACUCACCGCUAAAACCGCACAAAAUCGUGGUAAUCAACAGCAGAGUACCGCAACACAACAACAUGCUGCUGGCAACAACAAUAACAACGUAAUGGGCGCUGAAGCUAGCGGUGGAAGUAAUGGUAUACGCACCAUAAACAAUAUAAAUAACCUCAAUAUGGGUUUGGGUGCGGUGGCCGAGGAUGAAUCGAAUAUGUUCUGCGGGCCAACGAAUGCGCGUAAUCUCUUCUGGAAUAUAACACGCGUUGGCGAUGUAAAUGUGCAGCCCUGUCCAGGAGGCGCAACUGGCAUUGCUAAAUGGCGUUGUGUACUUAUGAAGCGCGUCAACUACAAAGAAGAGGAUGGUGGCAUAGCGGAAACCACCACAAUGCGUGCAAUACCGCGUACUAAUUGCAGCAGCAGUAGUGGCAACAGCAGCUGUGAAAAUGCCGCUGAUAGAUUAAGUCAACGCAUCGGCAAUUUCGAGCCCACUUGGCAUCCCAUGACGCCGGAUCUUACGCAAUGCCGCAGUCUGUGGCUGAACAGCUUGGAGGUGCGCGUAAAUCAACGCGAAUCAUCUGUUAUUUCAAUAGCAAAUGAUCUAUCAGAGGUGACUAGUAGCAAAACCUUAUAUGGUGGGGACAUGCUUGUAACUACGAAAAUAAUCCAAACCAUGUCGGAGAAAAUGUUCCACGACAAAGAGACCUUACCAGAUCAGCGGCAACGUGAGGCUAUCAUAUUAGAAUUACUACAUGGUGUGGUAAAGACUGGUUCAAAUUUACUCGAUGAAUCACAAUUGUCCUCAUGGAUGGAUCUGAAUCAGGAAGAUCAAAUGCGUGUUGCCACAUCAUUGCUGACUGGGCUGGAGUAUAAUGCAUUCCUUUUAGCCGACACCAUCAUACGUGAACGCAAUAUUGUGCAGAAGGUCAAGAAUAUACUGUUGUCUGUGCGUGUUUUGGAGACUAAGAACAUUCAAGGCAACGAAGUUUUCCCCGACCUCGAGCAAUGGCAAAUCAGUGACGACCGCAUCGAGUUGCCGCGCACUGCGCUCGUUGAGAACAGCGAAGGCGGCCUUGUGCGCAUAGUAUUCGCUGCUUUCGAUCGUUUGGAGUCGAUCUUGAAACCGUCUUACGACCACUUUGACACAAAAAGUUCGCGCAGUUAUGUACGCAACACAGCCUUGCUGGCUAGCGAGCGCAACGAUUCGGGCGCAAGCGCUGAUUUACAACAACAACGCAUACGUAUACUCAAUAGUAAGGUGAUAUCAGCGAGUUUGGGUAAAGGACGACACAUACAACUCUCACAGCCCAUAAAAUUAGUCUUGCGACACAUAAAAACCGAAAAUGUAACCAAUCCGACUUGCGUCUUUUGGAACUAUAUAGAUCACGCAUGGUCAGCGAAUGGCUGCACUCUGGAGUCCACAAAUCGUACGCACAGCAUUUGCAUGUGCAAUCAUCUCACCAACUUUGCCAUACUCAUGGAUGUCAUGGACGAGCACAAUCAUUCGCUGUUCGGCGUCUUCGAUGGCAAUAUGCGCAUACUCAUCUACAUAAGUGUCGCCAUUUGCUUGGUGUUCGUCGUYAUCGCUUUGCUCACGUUGAAGAUAUUCAAUGGCGUUUUCAUAAAGGUAAGCGGGCGACGUAAUCGACGUGGYGGUGGUGGUAGUCAAAUCGGCGGCGGCAGUCAGCGUCAACGCAGUAGCCGUCGUCAAAAUAAUAUACGCGAUCAGACGCAUGAAACGCUUGCGAUUACCACAACUACGUCAGCGACGGCAGCAACUGCCUCGGGCGGCCAACCGGCACCCACAAAUAAUAUACAAAAUAUACAACAACAAUUGAAUUUGCAACACAUUCCAAAUAUAAUGGGCGCGGUGGCGGGUGGCCAUCUUGGCACAACGGCGCCCACAAAUUUCAUACAACACAAUUCCAUACGCAAUUCCAAUCGCAACAAUUUGAAUGCGAAUAAUUUCAACUUGCAACAGCAAGCGGCGGCGGCACAACAACAACAACAGCAGCAACAGCAACAAGUUGUGGCUGCUGCUGCCGCUGCCGUUGUCGUCGCCCAACACAAUCAACGCAAUUUACAAAUGAAUAAUUUGAAUUUAAACUUGAACUUGCAACCGCCGCAUCAUCACAAUCCACACGGACAUAACCUCAAUCAGCCGGCGACAUCCACGCAUAUGCAUGUUAGUACGGCUACGGCACAUACGACACCGCAUCACGGCAGCAUGGAGACCUCGAUGAGUAACACCACAUCGGUGGCGGCGAUGGCGGCUGCGGCCACAAUCGCAGCGGCUCUGCAACAUGCCGGCAGCAAUAAUAAUUUAAAUGUCAAUCGCAAUAACAGCAAUAACAAUGUGGGCGCCAACAAUCGCUUGAGCGAUGCGAACACGAMUACAAAUAAUAUUAUAAUGCAAGGCAAUAUGGAAGAUUUACAGUAUAAGUGGUGGUGGUGGUGAAAUAUUUAAAGCAAUUUACACAUGCUUUGUUAACUGUAUAAUAACUAAAAUUUAUUUUAAGUAGUUUAUAGGUUAURUAUAUGUAAGUAUAUGUGUAGCUUAGUUUAGUCGCAUGUGAAGAAUCUAAAAAAACAGCGUAUUUACUUAAGUAGCAUUGCAUAGCAUGUUUGAAAGAAAUUUAAUUUUAAUUUUAAAUUAUUUUUAUUUAAUUUUAAACGCAUUUCAUUGUUAUCUGUACUGAUUACUGUAGUAGUAAAUGUGAUAUACUAUUAAGUAUAAUUUUUUUUAGCAGUGACGUAAGUAAAUUUUAUAUUUUAGUGCCUUAUAAUAUAUGUAUGUGUAUGCUGAUAGCAUUUCAUAACAUACAUUUCAUAAUAUUACGCGCUAUUUAGUUUGUAUGUUUUAUGUAGCAUUUUUUGUUUCGUUUUAGUAAAUUUAGCCUAUAGUUUGCAUAUCCAUUUUUAUGUUAAUUUUUGUUUAUAUAUUUUUUAUAUAAGUUAGCUUAAAAUAUAUGUAUUUAAAUUUGACAUUUAUUUCAAGUCUUAUCACAUCACAUUUCAUGCAAAAUAAUAAUUAAAAUAAUAAAUGUCAUAUUGUCUAUUUGAAAACUUGAAUUUUUUCGUUCAUUUGUCAAUGUGUUCAUUAAUUUAAUUAAAUUUGUUGUAAUUAUUGUGUAGUUUUUGUUCUUUAAUAUUCGUCUCAUUUGCUGUUUGUCUACAACCUAUCCUAUAAUAUCCAAAAAUACCAAAAACCACCACCACUUUACUAUAAAAUAAUUAAUACAGUUAUAAAACAAAAGAAAUACCUAAAUUUAAGGACGAAAUUAGAAAAAAAAAUAU